CUAAUACUCACAUCAUUGUUGAUUGUAUUCACAGUUUAGCAAAUUCACGUUGUGAACUCUUACAAAAACCUUGGAGUGGAGCUGGAGACUGGUGUGUUUCUCAUACUGAACAUUUGCUACUGACAUGGUGAUGCUAAGGUUUUUCUGGAUGCCUUCAAGCAGAAGUAUCAGACUUCCUUUUUUGAUCCACAGGUUUUUUUGCAGUACGACAAGCUGCGCAAGACUUUUAGUUUCUCUGGUUUAGCACGUGCUGCUGCUGCCAUAGCAAGUGAAUUCCCUAAUGGAAAUAAUAAGCGGACAAACUGCGCCUGCAGCGCGGCCCGGGACUAUGCCCGGCGCGGCGCAAACGGAGUUGGACGAGCACUUGACAGGCCCCGGUGAGGUCUGAGUCGCCGCCGGGAGGGAAAGACGAUUCUUCAUAUGGGAGCAGCAUGCGGGAAAUGGUUGGAGGUUGCUGCGUGUGUUCAGACGAGCGAGGCUGGGCUGAGAAUCCGCUGGUGUACUGUGAUGGACACGGCUGCAACGUCGCCGUCCACCAAGCGUGUUACGGUAUCGUCCAAGUGCCCACCGGCCCGUGGUUCUGUCGGAAGUGUGAGUCACAGGAGAGGGCGGCGCGUGUGAGGUGUGAGCUGUGCCCCCACAAAGAUGGAGCCCUCAAGAGGACAGACAGUGGAGGCUGGGCCCACGUGGUCUGUGCACUGUAUAUCCCUGAGGUGCAGUUUGCCAAUGUCCUCACCAUGGAGCCCAUCAUCUUGCAGUAUGUCCCACAUGAGAGAUACAUCAAGACUUGUUACAUCUGUGAGGACCAUGGAAGGGAGAGUAAGGCUGCAUGUGGAGCCUGCAUGACCUGCAAUAGACAAGGCUGCAGACAGGCCUUUCAUGUCACCUGUGCUCAGAUGGCUGGUCUGUUGUGUGAAGAGGAAGGACCAGAGGCAGACAACGUCAAAUACUGCGGUUACUGCAAGCAUCACUAUAACAAAAUGCAAAAGAAGUUACGCUCCAGUGAAAAUUCAAGUAGCUCCUUCAGUCAUUCUAGGGGGCGCUCCAGCUCUCCUUCACAAGACAAACACCACCACCACAGGCAGAGAAAGAGUCACAAGGACAAAGUACGUCAGAAAGAGCGACACAAGAAGUCAUCUGAUCGUCUGUGUUCAUCGGUGACAACAAGCAGCGUAGAAAAGCUCUCUUCCAGUCACCACAGCAGCAAAGACAGUGAGGGUAAAUCCAAGAAGCUGAGCUCACACAGUCACAGUCACCGCAGUAAAAAGACAGGAAGUACUGGCAAGAGCUGCUCUUCCUCUUCCUGCUCCUCCAGUCCAUUUAACACAGGGGGCUCUCUGUCCUCUGCUCAGGACUUUCAUCAGUUUUCAUCUUCAACCCGACUAGAGCGUGAAUCUGACCGAGGUGGUAACGAUCACAGUGGAGAGGAGCGUAAGGAGCGUCACAGGAGGCCUGCAGUCCAGGAAGAAGAGGAGGAAGAGGAGAAGGAGGAGGAGGAAGAUGAGGAGGAAAAGGAAGAAGAGGAGGAGGAGGAUACCAAGUACCACAAGCCACCAGCACUGACUCCUGCUGAUGGCCCAAGAGCAGGAUCCCAGGGUCAUGACAGGUCAGAGGGCAACUCCAGCCCCUUUGAAAACAAGGUCACCAUCUCCACGUUUGGCUCCAUCAUGCGCAUCACCUCCACCUCAGGGCUGGGCAGCAGCAGUAAGAUCCGCAAAAUCUCCUCCUCCUCCUCGUCCUCUGCUUCAGCCGACUAUAAGCCCCCGAAGUUGCUCUGCAAGCCAUCUCCACUGAGUGCACCCCCCAUCCUGGAGGAGGCAGACACAGAGGACAAAGCCACACCUCCACCUCUCCCCCGUGAAAGGAGGCACCGCGGUGGCAAGAAGAGUCGCCACGGGCCCGGGCGCCCACGGGGCAGCAAGAACAGAGACAGGAAGGAAGAGGAGCAACAUCACCACACAGCACCUCCUCCACCUGCCUUAACCUCCUCACUCUACACAAGCCCCUCCUCCCUCCCACACCCUGUCUUCCCCUCUAUGCUACCUCCCACCUCUUCCUCUGCCUUUUCAUCUUCUGCUUCUUCGACUUCGUUCAUCUCCUCUGUCAGCAGUUUUUCCACAAGUCGUGGAAACUCACUGCUUGGCUCUGGUAUUUACUCCAACCUCAAGGACCCCCCCACAUUGAGCGACAGUGUCUGUAGCACCGCUCUCUCACUGGGUGGUGAGGUGUGUAGCACCUCCUUGUCUCUGGGAGGGGGCAUGUGUAGCACCCCUCUCUCCUCAGGACUCUUCCCAUCCCACGUCUCCUCACUUUCUCUCCCACCGGUCAACACCGUCUCAAACACACAGGUUCAUGUAGGCUCCAGCACCUCCUACAGCAUGAGCUCCACCCAGCCUUUCUCCAGCUGUCUCUCCACUGUUUCAACACUGCCACCACUACUGAGCCAAGCCCAGACCUCACUGCCAGAGUCAGACCUGGAUGACUGUCGUUUUCCAUGUCAGGGGAACUCACCCAGAGAGAGUCUGUCCUCACAGUCUCCCAUGAGUUGUCUUCCACUUUUAUUUGACCAGAGAGACGGGCUGGGUGCUGUAGUCCGAGCCCAUCCUGAGAAUGUCCCUGCGGCCAGCUGCCACAUCGAGCUCCUGCUGGAGAAACAUGGCAAUGGAGAAAUGGGAGUCAACCUUGUGGAGAUGCUUCAGUCGCUUCACUCCCUCCAGCAAGAGAACCAGCGUCUUCAGGACCAGAUCCUCAGUCUAACGGCCAAGAAGGAGCGGCUGCAGCUCCUGAACACAGAGCUGGCCGUACCUUUUCCUCCACAUGUCCAUUCAGCGCAGGCAUCACUGCAUGGUUCGAUGCAUGUCAACUUCCUGUCACCCAGCCAAGGUCUCUGCACCAACAAGAGCCCUCUGUCCAAAAACUGCUUCCUGAAUGACACUUCCUUCAUUACCUCAUCUGAGGAGCUCCACUCUGGGAGUCCAUCCCGCAGCAGCUCGUCCCUUUCCUUCCAAAGCACCCCUCCUCCUCAGCAGAGCCCCGCCUCCUUUGGCCAGCCAGCCUCAAACGGACUGAGUCGAGGUUUGAGCGACGGUCUGGGCGCGAUCGUCAGUCAGGCGGGCAGCUCCUCUCUGGGCGGGGUCAGUGGAUUGAUAGCAUCUCUGGCAGGAAGUCCUCAGUUGAGUAUGAACGGUGUUUUGGGGAGUCUGAACGGAGUAAUCCAGUCUCCUGCUCAGAACACGCAUCAGCUCACACUCCCUGCACUCCGGCCACAACCUCCGCCCCUCAACCCACAAGCACUGGUCCAGAGCUUCCAGCUGUCCAAGAAUAUGAGCCCGUCAACCCUCCUCUCUGAGCAGCAGAAACAGUUUGUUCUUGAGCAGCAGCAGCAGCAGCUCCAGCAGUUCCUCGCUUCACAAAACUUCACUCCUGAGCAGCAGGUGUUGGUGUGUCAGAUGCUGCAGCAGCAGAGACAGAGGGAACUACAGCGCCUCACGCUGACGGGAGCUCUCACAUCCACCCCCAACUCACCCAUGAUCACCCAGUCGCCCAAUUUACUGUCCUCAGCCACAGCCUCACCUCUGCAGGGAGGGGGAGGCGGGCUCUUUGGUGUGCAGGACAACGCACUUCACAAAAGCGGGGCUGCUGGAGAGAAGAGUGGAGACAAGAGUGGAUGAAGGAGUUUUCAAUAACACAGGGGCCAAUCAGACGAAGAUCUCAGGCGUCACACGCCCACGUAAAAAAAACAUUCUGAAGACUUUUGAACUUCUUUACUUCUUCUUCUUCUCUCUCGUGAUAUUUAAUGCUCUUCUAUGAAUGUAUGACGGUACGGCGCGGCCAUGAGGUGACCUUUUAGGAAUUCUUUCUAUCAGUGGUCUUUUAUAGGGUUUUUGUGAAUAGGCAGCUUUCAGAGAACAUGACUUCUCUGCUCUCUCUUAAAAUUGCACUAUUUUUGUUAAUAAGUCCAGUGGGGCUGCUUUUGAAGCUGCAGUCCCUACUCCUCCCUUCGGGGGGCUGCAAAGACUUUAUUUCUCUUACUCCACCUGUAUUUUCUACCUGGUUUGAAUCAGAGUGAAACUCUCUCACCUGCCGUCCUCCAUUUGUUCUCUCCUUCUUCUCUUUAGGUCUGGCCCACUUGUUGUCUGCAUCUUAUUUAUCUUGCAGCCCCUGACAGACUUUGUUAAGCCUAGUUGUACAUUCACUUCCGUACUUUGUGGUCAAGUGGUAUUUUUGUCAUGAAGGUGAUGGCAGAUUUGAAGUGUGGCUGUGUGAGGUGCUUAAUAAUCCUAAAUUUGGUCCAUGGAACUAUACUUGACUCAUGAACCUAAGGCUUCAACUGAGGGUGAAUACCAUGAACAGUUGAUCUCUCAUCUCCAUUGUUUCUGAUCUCACUAUUUAAGAUGUGAUAAAGUGGUGAUCACCUCCUACAACCACACUUCAACAGCUAUGACCUUUCCCUUUAUAAGCUAGUCAAUACCUCAGACUUUUCUGCCACCUGCUGUCCAUGGUUUCAUAUUUAUUCCAAUGGAGGGAAAUUCUAUGAAUAUUUGUUCUUUACUUUUUACUAUCUGCUUUUUUAUUGACUUUCAAGAGGCAGCGUCCUCCACCAGAGACAGAUGUUGCUGCGAGAUUAAGCAAAUGAAACCAAACAUUUGGAACAUUCUGACUUUUGAAAAACAAAACAAACAAACAACAAAAAAACCUUAGCAUAUCUAUAUAUAUUUGUUUCUCUUAAAACAAGAGAGCACUUUGCAUGUUAGUAGCAUAUUACCCCUCAACACUGCAGCCUUUAUAAAAGAUGCUGGGUACUAACUAUGCCACCAGGGACUUGACAGGUCUUUGAUUUAUCUGAGUAUUUUGCACUCUGUCCUCAAGUGUCAGCUUUUGAAAAACUUCCUUACAUACCGUUGAUGCGUCAUUUCACGUCAUGUGAAUCCUGAGUCUUUUAGCAAUACUGAAUAGAAGAAUAAUGCCUUAAUGAUUGUAGAUGUACAGAGGAAACUAGGAGCUCAAAGGCUCCCUCUGCUGGCGUAUUUUUUCUUUGCUCGUCUUUUAUAUAUCUGGGGUCAUUAAGUACUCGGCUAAAGUGAACACAAUCUUCCUGAACCCAUUUAUACUUUUGAUAGUUGAAGGGUUGAUUCCCACACUUUAGGUGUGUGAAUAACUGUGGAGCAGUGUCAAACUAUUUCUAUUGUGUUUUGUUGUGUGUGUGUGUGUGUGUGUGUGUGUGUGUGUGUGUGUGUGUGUGUGUGUGUGUGUGUGUGUGUGUGUAAAGAUGCAGUUAGACUCGGUUAUAUUUGCUUCAGUGAAGUGACAAGGUCUCACAGGAACAUGUCACAAUACAGUCUACACAGUCCAACAUAGAUGUAAAUGUUUGCCUUCGACAUAGUUGCAGUCAGCUGGUGUGUCUGUCGUCAUCACGUGCACAGCCAUGUUUGAAAACAGAUCUAACUGCUUACGUAGGUGUAGAGAGAUUGAACCAGACUCCACAGGUCCAGUGUGUAAGAAAUCCUUUAGAUAUGCCUUUUAGUCAACAAGUUCUAAGAUGUAAUAAUUUAUUUUUUUAAAAAAAGAACAGGAAUGUUUCUAUCAGUGUCAGUCUGCUCUUUUCUGCAGGUUGGUGGAGAUGAACUUCAUGUUGAAUUUUACAUGGAGAUAACAGUCCUAACAAUGUCAGCUGACUGUGUUAUGAUAAUGAGUCAUGUUUAAAACCCUGACACAGCGAGACACUUGACAAAGAUGAAAUGAUCAUCCUGGUCCAUCAAGCUGUAGGAGACACAGACCAGUCUGUCUGACUGACCACUGUAUUACACACUGGACCUUCAUUCAAACUUGGAGACAGUAGAACUUUGCCUCUAGCGAUCAGUCUGUAAAAAAGGUAUGAAAACAGAAAAAAAGUUGAAACCUCUCUUUUUGACGUUUCACAUCUUUUUGCAGCACAGAGUUGAGUGUUUUAGAUGUUAUGGUUUGUUAGAGCCAGCAUGGAAGGACAGUGGUGUCAGAAAUAGACCAGACAGGAGGGUUCAUUGUACUGUAGACAAGCCAAGUGGGCGUGGCUGCAGUAAGGUGCUUUGAGGAUGUUGCCUCAUAAAACUCUGAAGGAAACGGCAAAGUUUUUGGAUGAUUAGGAAUCUACACACGCCUGUGUCCUGGUGUAGUGUAAGAAUACAUGAGAUUAUGUAACACAUUUCAGUACUACAUGAAACUUCGAACAAAACAAAACUUUUUGUUCGAAGAACAAAACUUCGAUGUUCCAUGAAGUAAUUUCACUGUAAGAAUCAAAGUAUGUUUUAUUGCAGCUGGCAACCAAACUUUGGGGUGCAUUAUUGUCACCUACUGGGCUUGAUCAGAGUUACACAACUUAGUUUGAGAACCUUUACAAUCAAAAUGUGCGUAGUACCAUAUUGUAGUACUAAGUUAAAUAGUUUUGGGUUUUUUUUACCCUAAUAAUACCUGUUUAAAAAAAACAGGUAUUAUUAGGGUACUAGGUAUUAGGGUACUUCAUUAGGACACAGUAUGUGUCUGUAGAUUCCUGAUCAUCCAAGGACUUUCCUGUCUUUUUGUAUGUGUUCAAUUUAAUUAUAUGUGCAUAUACAGUGUAUCCCAAUGUACUCACGUCAGUGUAAGGAAGGAUAAUGCCCACUUCUGUCUAGUCAUGCUUUUCUGGAAUUAGGAAGGAACCUCCGCUGACAGCAGCACACACUGACACAACUUGCAAGCGGCAAGUCAGCAGUACUUGUUUCUCGUCUCUUUAGGAGCUGACCUGUGGAGAUUCACAGGAUCCUUAACAUUAGGAAACACCAACUGACCUAAUGUACACCUAAAGGAUCCCUGACUUUGGGAAAGCACCAAGUAUCUUUGCAUAGAAGGACCUAAGGAUUCCUCUGUUUUUUGAACUUCUUCCUCCAUUUGUAUUUGUGUAUUUUAUUAUUUAAAGGCCCAUUUAUACCACAUUAUAUCUGCAUUCUGCAGCCUUGAACUUGAUCUCCCAUACAUGUGAUGUAAACAGUAUAUACUGUACAUUUGUCAGCGGCCGGGUUAGGGUUAGAGAGGAACUGGAAACAGUCAGAGAUGAAGUGGAUAAUGUUCAUAAAAGACAUGAGGAGACAUGUAGUCAACAUGUCUCCUCAUGUCAGACCUGAAUUCAUGACACCGUGUCCCUGUCUUCUCUCCCAAGUCCUACCAGAUCCAUGUCCACAAGGUUAACUGAAGAGGAUUAUUCCACGUUGUUUCUUUCUCACAUUGCACUGGGGCACUUUGGGCCCAUUGUUUAUUUUAGUACUUUUUUUCCCCUUUUGUGGAAUAUGAGUUGUAUACUUUUAUACAUUUUUUUUAAGCUUUGAAGUUAAAGCUUGCAAGAUAAUCCCUGUUUUGAAUGUCGUACUGUGUGUCUCCUGUUUUAUCACAUGUGAGAACCUGGCUCUGAAUGAGUGAUUUGAAAUGACUUGCAUGAAAUGCAGUGACGUCUCUCUAAUACAUCGCUAAAUUCUAAGUGAAAAACUAUGCAUCAUUCUAAAUGCAUUGUUUCCUAAAAGAAAAGGGAAAAAAAGAUGAGAAAUGAGCUUCUAAAAGGACGAGCACGUUGUUGUUGUUGUACAGUAGAAAAUCGAUCCCAAAAAAUUUGACAAUAUGAAGAUUUAAAGACCCUGUAAAGUAUUUUGAUAUUUUUGUGUGUAAAAUUCAAAGGACAAAAUAAGAUGAAUGUUUUUGUCAAUAAAUGUAUUUUGCUGA